GACGUCCCUUUAAGAUCUUUAUUGACUGUCCGCGAACAUGGCAAGGGAAAGAUUUCCACCUAAUGACCAGGGCAGGAUUGCCAUACAAAUGAUAGCGACUCGUAUCUGCCCCGUUUAAAGCGAAAACGGAUAUAUAUAAUACGACGAAUGGCGUUUUGACGGCGCGCGCGAGAGAAAAACUGCCGAUCAUUCAAGCACUUUAACGCGGGACGCGCGAGUCAGGAUGCCGAAGUGACGCAGCUGGAGUUGUUUUAACAGAUUGAGAAGUUGCAGCUCAUUUCCUUCACCUUUUGCCCGUGGAAGAAUACCACAAGAUACGAGUGCCUUGUUUACACGUGUAAUUGGGCUUUUCUGUUCUUGAGCUACCCGGAAUAUUUGCGACAUCAGUUAAGAGAGAAGUUGCAUCCGUGAGAGGAAACGGAUUUGAAAGCAGCAGUGACGUUAAGGUUCUUUUCGAAAUAGCUGCGCUCCGUCGAUGACUCUCGACACCUCGAAACAUUCCGCGAUACUCACAACUUUAUUUAAAAUGGCUGAUGAUAAUGAUUUAAUAGGUGCUUCGGAGUUUGUUAAAGAUCGACUCUAUUUUGCAACCUUGCGAAGCAAACCAAAAAGCACUGCAAACACUCAUUACUUCAGCACGGAUGAGGAGUUUGUUUAUGAAAACUUUUAUGCUGAUUUUGGCCCCCUCAACCUCGCUAUGCUGUACAGAUACUGCUGUAAACUCAACAAAAAGCUCAAGUCGUUUACACUGACCAGGAAGAGGAUUGUGCACUACACCAGCUUUGACCAGUGCAAAAGGGCUAACGCUGCUGUGCUCAUCGGUGCUUAUGCUGUGAUUUACCUGAAGAAAACACCAGAGGAAGCCUAUAGAGCUCUUAUCUCUGGCUCCAAUGCCUCAUAUCUUCCCUUCAGGGAUGCUUCAUUUGGGAAUUGCACAUACAACCUGACAGUUCUUAACUGCUUGCAAGGUGUUAGAAAGGCCCUUCAGCACGGAUUCUUGAACUUUGAGACGUUCAAUGUAAACGAGUAUGAACAUUACGAGCGGGUUGAGAACGGAGAUCUGAACUGGAUCAUCCCAGGCAAACUUCUCGCUUUCAGUGGGCCGCAUCCGAAAAGUAAAAUUGAGGACGGUUACCCUCUACAUGCCCCCGAGGCUUAUUUCCCAUAUUUCCGGAAGCACAAUGUCACUACCAUAGUACGGCUCAACAAGAAGAUCUACGAAGCCAAGCGCUUCACAGACGCCGGCUUCGACCAUUACGACCUGUUCUUCGUGGACGGCAGCACGCCCAGUGACGUCAUCGCCAACCGCUUCCUGCACAUCUGCGAGAGCACGGAUGGAGCGGUGGCCGUACACUGCAAGGCGGGUUUGGGCCGGACAGGGACUUUGAUUGGCUGCUACCUGAUGAAGCACUACCGCUUCACGGCUGCUGAUGCUAUCGCUUGGAUCCGCAUCUGCAGACCCGGCUCUGUUAUUGGACCCCAGCAGCAUUACCUAGAAGAGAAGCAGGCGAGUCUCUGGGCGCAUGGAGAUAUUCUCCGCUCCAAGCAGCAGCAGUAUGAGGACAGAUCCGUGCCUCACCUCAUCUCUAGUAUGGACAACCUCUCCAUCAACACCUCCAUCUUUAAAUCACACAGCUUGGACCGUAUGGAGGAGAACGAUUAUGUGGAGAACGAUCUCGGUAUGACGCAAGGGGACAAAUUGCGUGCCUUAAAGGGUCGACGGCAACCGAGGUCUGUGACCACUGGAGCCAUAAGCAGAGUGAAACCAGAAGCCACUGGCCAGGGCUCCAUCUCCCCCCUCAAAUCCUCUAAAGUCCCACCAUCCUCCUCCAUCUCUGCCUCUGCCAAACGAAUUGGCCGCUCUUCAUCGUCUUCAACAAACCUCAAGAGCACUAGGUUAGCCAGCUCUUUGGGUAACCUGUAUGAACCAAAUGGUAAAGCCAACAGCUCUGGGAAACCGCCUUCCCCUUCUUCAUUCACUUCCCACCCCGUCAGCAUGGGUUACAGCAGCCCGAUCACCACCCACAGUUACCACUAUGAGGUCAACAACAAUCAGUACAACAGCACCAGCACGCCGAACAGCAAUGGGGUAAGCCCAAGCAGCGGGGUAAAAACCCUGACCUACAACCUCAACAACACCAGCCCAAGUGGACCUUCCACCAAUGGAAGGCUAGGGGCCAGUGAACAGGGGCACCACAGAAGCCCCCCGACGGGGCUGAGCGGGCUCUCGGCACGAUACUUCAGCCGGUCCAUUCCUUCCCUUCAGUCUGAGUAUGUUCAGUACUAAAGCUGCCACCUUCUGCUAACCCCCGUCCAGUGCUGCUGGCCUGGUCCUGACCCGUGACACCUUCACUGUGACCACUGAUUUGCUGACUUGUAAAAGGGGAACGAAGCCAAAAGGAAAUGUUUUGAGACGUUCUGAACUGUCAGCCUCAUGGUCUGAUACCUCCUGCUAUGACAGGGCUGAUCUGGAAUCUGCCGCAUGCUGUUAAAACUACACAAACUUGGCUUGGUCGUCCUUUCAAAACUUCUUUUCUUUUCUUUUUUUAAGAGAUACUCUCCAUAGUUAAAUAUUUUAGAUAAUGAAUUUUUUGUACUAUUUUUGUCCUAUUUUAUCUACAGUUCUUAUACUCGACGACAAGGUUUGUUAAUAUUUGUGCAUCUUUGGAUUAGGACAUUUGUUCCGAUGUAAAUAUCUGACGUUUUUGUCUCCUGAGUGUACUGACUAAGUAACAUAUCAAGUACGAGGGCUAUAUUUGAAAGGUGCAAAAUGGUUCGACAGCUACAUAUCAUCUUAAAAGGGAUUUUUUUUGCCCACGAAAGCCAUAAAGAGUAUAUCUUUUCUUCAUUUGGGGAUCUAAGGGGGGUUUGUCUCCAUGCAACGGAGGACGACUAAUGAGACCACAAACAAUUUGUAAGCAAGCUUAUUUUUCUCUGGAAAAUUAAGGGCUUUGUUUGUUCAGUAUGAACAGUUGUAACAGGAUGGACUUUUUUCCCACCGUUGUGAUAUAAUGUGCGUUAUUAUUAAACUAAUACAGAUCUAAGGUUGUACGUGUUUCAAGAGCAUCAAGGGCUGUUGAAAACACAACCAUCAACACUUCACUUUUAAGGAGUGUCCAUUUCACCAGCGCAUCUGAAAUAUAACAACUCAGAAUGUACGAGUGAGUUACAAGCGUUUGGCUAUUGGUUUUAACAUGCAUGGUUUUUGCAUAAAACAGCUCAAACUGCUUAAAAUAUACAUUAACGAUAACGAAUAUAAAUGUAAUUAAUUGCAAACUUUAGUAAAAUAGAUGAGCUUAAGUGUAGAAGGUGAUAUGCAUAACAAAACCUUUUAUGUUAGUGCACAUAAUGAAUGUACAAACUAAUCUGAAUGCGUUUUUCCAGCGCUUGUGUCUCAAUUUCAAUUAUUUUAGGAUGUUUACAAUCAAGUGCAAAUUAUUUAUCGUAUAGAGUUCUUAUAGGUGACCAGCAGGGUUUAAACUAAAACCUUCAGAUUUACUUCAUGCUAAAAUUACAAUAUAUUCAGCCUCAAGUCA